AUGUAUAUCCGAAUAUGCAGAUAUCUGCCGCCUGAACAUCUGUGGCGGCUUAACAGGAGGACAUUUGACGGUACCGAAGAAUUUGCCAGCGCACCGAUUGUGCCAUGCGGAUACGAGGUUCUCCAACAGUUGGACGGAGUUGCGUUUGGAGAUGAGACCGCGGGUAAGAAGAAGAAACGGAAGAAGCGGAAGAAGGGUGCAGGGAGUUCCGAUGUUAUAUGGAAGAAGAAAAGUAUAUUUUUCAGAUUGCCGUAUUGGAAAGACAAUUUGCUUCGGCACAAUCUUGAUGUUAUGCACAUAGAGAAAAAUGUCAUGGACAAUAUACUUGGCACUAUUUUGGAUAUAAAAGGGAAAACGAAGGACAACUUGGCAGCUCGGCUGGACUUGCAGGAAAUGGGGUUGAGACCUAAGUUGCAUCCGUUCACGGCCGCCAACGGUAAAACGUAUAUUCCCGCUGCCUGUCACACAAUGUCUAGAGAGGACAAAGAAAAUUUUCUGAAGGUUCUUCGAAAUGUUAGGGUCCCGGACGGAUACGCUUCGAACAUUUCACGAUGUGUUCGGCUCAAGGACCGUACAAUUUCUGGCUUGAAGAGCCAUGAUAGCCACAUACUGAUGCAACAGCUUCUUCCAAUUGCACUGCGUAAGUCAUUGCCUGAUAAAGUGGUUAGACCUCUUGUGGAGAUUUCUGCAUUUUUUAGAGGCAUAUGCUCAACAAAGCUAUCACAAGAAGAUAUGGACCGACUGCAGGGUGACGUCUGUAUCACUUUGUGCAAGCUAGAACAGAUAUUCCCUCCAGGGUUUUUUACCAGCAUGGUCCACUUGGUUGUGCAUCUUGUGCGCGAGUGUAGACUAGGCGGACCCGUGCAGUAUAGAUGGAUGUACCCGGCAGAGAGGAGUCUGGGGAAUUUCAAAAAUAAUGUGCGCAAUAAAGCAGCUCCUGAGGGGUGCAUUGCGGAGGGGUACAUAGCGACCGAGCUGGUAACGUUCUGUUCAAGGUAUCUGAAUAACGCACCAACAUUCCACAACAGACCUCAGAGGAAUCCUGAUGGAUCCAAGGGAGCGGGCACGCGUGUUACCAUGAACCGGUUGAUAAUGCACCAGAUUCAUCGUUAUAUUGUGUUCAACUCUGAAGAGUUUCACAAUUUGCGGACGAUGCACAAAGACGCGCUUAGGCGAUCAUGCACUAGGGGUCGCAUUACGGAGGCUCUUAUUGAAGCACAACAUCAUGAGCAGUUCUGCGAAUGGUACCGUGCAUAUGUCGAUGGCCUGGACGAUCAACGUAGGGAGGAAUUGGGCCACAAGUUGGUUAUGCGUUGUAGAGGGCUAAAGGAGACAGCGGUGAAGUACAACAGGUACGUGGUAAAUGGAAAAUUAUUUCGCACGCUUGCUCAUGAUGUGGGAAGGAGGACUCAGAAUAGCGGCGUCUGUGUUCCUACCGUUGAAGGCGAAACGUACUACGGACAGUUAACCGAUAUAUUUGAGGUCGAGUACUAUGACAGGACUACGUACGUCUUAUUUAAGUGCAAUUGGGCAGACCCCACAAUGGACAGAGGAUUCACAAUAGACGAGUAUGGCCUAGUGUUUGUCAACUUCAAUCACCUCGUCCACAGGGGAGAACAGAUUCAGGACGAGCCGUACGUGCUUACAUCUCAGGUGGAUCAAGUAUUCUACGUAGAAGAUGGAAGGAACCCAAAUUGGGUUUGUGCGGUUAGGACCAAACCGCGCAACGUGUACGACGUUGGACAGGGGGAUGGGAGUAAUGAGGAUGGUACAACCUACCAUGAGUGCGUACCGCUCGUACUAGCCACUGCUGACCUACCAGAUACGAAUGACGAAUUCGAGUACGACAGGCCCGACGUAGAUCCUAUUGAAGCUCCCGUGAUACAAUGAUUGAUGUAUUUGUUGUAUUGAUGGACCAGAGACCCCCUCAUUAUGCGUAUCGGGCACCUAGCCCACCCGUGCCCCCCAUGACCACGCCCACUGUUUCGACGGCAUUGUAUUCUGCAGCGUGGCCACACCACCCAGACGGGCCUUAUAGACCAU